ACGUUGUGGCUGUGUCCACUAGGUAGUCGAAUAGGUAUAGAAGAGAGCUAAUGUAUUAUAUAGCAAGAGACAGAGAGGCUAUGUAGGAACAACAACAUAUAUAUAUAUAUAGACGAAGAAGAAAUUGUGCGCAUUCGCACAACGCAAUCGGGAUAAAAUUGAGAGAUAGAACGAUGUAGCGAACGAUAUCACACUGAGAGCAGCAGCAGCAACGACGGUGAAGGCGAAGGCAACAACGGCGGCAACGAACAAAGAAGAGGCAAAAGGGAAAAAAAAGGAACAACCAGAUUUGCUCCCAGUUUCGAGAGAGUGUAAUGGCAAAAGCAGCACAGCCACCGACAACAAAGACGACGACGACGACGACGAUAACGACACAAUGGGGGGGAUUGGGGGGUAAAAUCACAUCAAAAAGUGGAAAACAAUAGCUAAGAAAAGCGAAAAAUCACUGUGUUAUAUUACGUUGUGGUGAACUUUCCGGAUAUUCGAGAAGGAAGAAAGAGAGAGCACGAGUUGGGAAAAGUGGGAAGAUGUAAAAAAAAUGUCUACUGCUUACGCCGCUGCCGUUGCUGCGCUCUUUCAAUCGCAUUCGUUGUUGAAUCAAUCGAUUCAAGCCGACGAAAACAAAGCAGCAACAGAGUAUAGCUCUCGAAUAAAAUAGAGACAUUAUAUAUGCGUCGACAUAGCAAAGAAAAAAAAGAGAACUUUUCAUAAUUGAAGGGAACACAAUGGUUCCAAAUCAAUCAAACUUUUUUAAUUGGAUAUUCCCAUCGGUUAUUUCUUUCGCGCAAUGUUGUAUGACAUACAUUUUCCGUUGCAACAAUAACGAAUGGCAGGAUACAAAUUGAAUCAUUGAAAGAUUGUGUUCCUUAUUGAUUUUCCCAUUGAAUGGCUCAAAUGGUUGAUGCUUUGUUAUGCGAACUAUCUCCAUUAGCAUUCCUUUUGCUGCUUCGACAAAAGUCGGUUGCCCCCAAAAUGAUAAACGACCCACUGGACUCUGUGUGAAAUGAUAUAAAAAUAAUGCGGAUAUUUUUGGCCACACAUACACAUACAUAUAUACAAACACAAGAAAUGACAUCAAUCGCAAAAUUCCACUGUGGCAGUUUAUAUGCGCGCAUCAAAACGAAAAAUGAAUAACGAUGAUGGACUAAAUUUCAAAAACUCGCCCCAAAAAUAUCCGAUGGCAUGCGAAAAUAAAACACAUACACACAUACACACAAACAUCGAGCUGCACAGUGUUCAAAUCAGCGCUAUAUUUACAUUCUUCCACACGGUUGAAUGCUUCUACGCAUAGCCGAUAAUUUUAAACUGUCAUCGUGUGAUGGCGCACAUGUUGUGUUUUGUACGACUCCAUAUGUUGUGUACAUCUUCUUUUUCUUACUUGUCAAAAAUUCAGUGAAUGUGAAUUUAUAACAUUUGUUUCUGUUUCUCGUUGGUGUUUUAUUUUUCCCCUGCUCACAGUUUUUCGGUGGCUUAUCGUUUUUUUAACGUUUUUCGAUGAAGAAACAUGAUGAAUUAUUAUAUUCAUUGUGGAUUUUUUUAGUUAAAUUAAGUGCAAACAAAUAAGAUGAGAAUCAAUAAUGCUCACAUGAAAUUCUGUAGUGCAUGCAUUUUAAUUUCGUUUGCAACGACAUGCCUGAUAAGCAUUUUCAUUACAUCAACACCGGAGAACUGUGACUGCAACCGCAACACACAACAAAUCAAAUCGGACACGGUGGAUGCAUCGAUUGAGCUGAAACCGAAACUUGCAAUUUUAGUGCCAUUUCGCGAUCGAUUCGAUGAGCUAUUACAAUUUGCGCCGCAUAUGAUGAAAUUUUUAGACCGACAAGCCAUUCCACAUCAUAUAUUCAUUCUGAAUCAGGUCGAUCGUUAUCGCUUCAACCGGGCGUCAUUGAUAAAUGUGGGAUUUUUAUACACCAAACAAGAUUAUGAUUAUAUUGCCAUGCACGAUGUGGAUUUAUUACCAUUGAAUGAUCAAUUGCACUAUGAUUAUCCAAGUGAUGGGCCAUUUCAUGUGGCUGCACCCAAUUUACAUCCAAAAUAUCACUACAAAACAUUUGUCGGCGGCAUAUUGCUGGUAAAACGCGAACAUUUUGAACUAAUGAACGGCAUGUCGAACCGAUACUGGGGAUGGGGCUUAGAAGAUGAUGAAUUUUAUGUGCGUAUUAAGGAUGCACAUCUGCCGGUGAAACGACCCAUUAACAUUACAACCGGAAUUAAUGACACAUUUGCACAUGUGCACGAUCGAGUACAUCGCAAACGAGACACCGCCAAAUGUUUCAAUCAACGUGAAGUCACUAGGAAACGUGAUCGUGAGACUGGUUUAUCUACGCUUAAGCAUCGAAUUAGCCGUAUAAAUAAUUUACGCAUUGACGAUAUUGUAAAUGUGACGAUAGUUAAUAUUGAAUUGAUUUGCAAUCACCAAGAAACACCAUGGUGUGACUGCAGUCGAGAUGAAAUGGGGAAGAAAAUUUUGUAAAUUUUUUUUGUGAUAAAUGAAUAAAAGUCAAGAAUAGUUCAAACGA